AUGGCGAACCUGGUCUACGGCAUGGCGCUCUUAAAGUGGAGGGCUUCGCCUCGCUUCCUCGAAGACUUUUGCCACCACGCGUUGGCCCACUUCGAGAUCUUUAAGCCCCGCGGCGUGUCCUGCGUGUUUUACAGCCUGGCCCUUCUGGACUUCCGCGAGGAGCGUUUCUUCCUGGGGGCCUGUGACAAGAUCCAGGGUCAGCUGAACCACUUCAACGCCCAGGACAUCUCCAACAUUGUGUACGGCCUGGGGCUCCUGGAGCUGCCGCAUGCGGGGCUUCUGGAGGCCCUGGAGCUGGAGCUGCCAGGCCGGCUGUCGGAGUUCACGGCGCAAGGUCUGGGAAACGUGGUUUAUGGCUGCGGGCUCUUGGAUUACAGGUGUCCAACGCUUCUUCACGCCAUCGUCGGUCAUUUGCCCUCGCGCCUCGAGCUGACGGAGCAGAACAUCUCUAACGUUGUGUGGGCCUUGGGACGCCUGAACGUGGUGGAUGCAGAGCCUUUGGCCCAGAGCGUUGUGUGCGAGUUGUCCCGCAGCAAGCAGAGAGCAUGCCUCUACUCGAACCCUUUGGGGAAGGCGUGCUACGAGCUCGACAAGGAUGCUGCGGCGCAGUGCCUCGAGGACGGCUCCAGAAGUUUCAGCUGCUGGAGGCUGGCCUCGUCUAUGCCUCGGAGGUGCGGCCGGACGCUGAACGGCGCCCUCUCUUGGCCAAGGAGUGGAGGAUCUUCCAGAUGGAAAUCGGGUGCCAGCCGCUGCACCUGGUGUGCCUCGCUUGUGGCCGGGACUUGGAGCGACUAG